ACCUUAGCUACCCUUUGCUUCCCUUCCCUUCCGCCUACCUAGAUUCUACCUGCAUCAAGCUUCAAGCAGCUAGUACGUGCGCUUGUGCCGGCACAGUCAAGGCGAUCAAUGGAUAGAGAUUCCAUGGAGGCGCCGACGUCUACGACGGCUGCGCUGGCUAUGCCAAAGCCAGCGCCGGCGAGCAGCAACAACGACAAGAAGGCGUCGCGGUUCAGGCGGGUAUGCGUGUUCUGUGGAAGCAGCGCGGGGAGGAAGGCGGCGUACCAGUCGGCGGCGGUGCAGCUCGGGCAGCAGCUGGUGGAGCGCGGCAUCGACCUCGUGUACGGCGGCGGCAGCGUGGGCCUGAUGGGCCUGGUUUCCCGCGCUGUGCACGGCGGCGGCGGGCGCGUCACGGGCGUAGUGCCUCGGUCGGUUCUCCCGCGGGAGCUGAUCGGCGAGACGCCCGGCGGGGAGGAGGUGAAGGCGGUGUCGGGCAUGCACCAGCGCAAGGCCGAGAUGGCCCGCCGCGCCGACGCCUUCGUCGCGCUCCCCGGCGGCUACGGCACGCUGGAGGAGCUGCUGGAGGUCAUCACCUGGGCGCAGCUCGGCAUCCACGACAAGCCGGUGGGAUUGCUGAACGUGGACGGGUACUAUGACUUGCUGCUGGCGUUCAUCGACAGGGCGGUGGAGGAGGGGUUCGUGGCACCGGCGGCGCGGCACAUCAUCGUGGCGGCGCCCACACCCGGUGAGCUGCUAGCCGCGCUGGAGGAGUACGUGCCGGCGCACCACGACGCCUCCUCCGUGAAGCUCAGCUGGGAGUCGUCCGUGGACACCAGGACCUGCUCACCACCCAAGCCAGACAUGUCACGCUAGCUAGCCUAGCCUAGCCUUGUAGUGCUGGUAGUAUAUAUUUCUUUUCUUUUAUUCAUGAAGUAGAAGUACUAGUCUAGGAAAGGAGCUACCCUCCUCAACUACCCAAUUAAGAUUGACAUAUACAUAUACUACAUCAGAUUAUAUAUUCAUCCAACCAGACAUACGCGUAUACAUACUGAUAUCAUGAAGUUUUUGUAAGUAUAGCCACUUAGUAUAUUGAUUGAUCAAUUGAUGAUUA